AUGGCCAGCUUCCAGACCUACAAGCUCCUCGAGAACGGCGAAGAUCCCGCCGCCGACCCGGAACAAGACGACUUCGACAUCGACCCCAAAUACAGCAAGCCGAGACGGAAAUUCUUGGAGUCCGUACAGUCGGUCAAGUCGUUCCUGCAAUAUGUCAAUGAGCGGUCUCCGGUUCGGAUACCGCGAUGCGGGGUCCGACAAUAUUGCUUCGGUCUUGCGGCGGGGUUGGCGGUGGUGAUCGUUGUUGCGGUCGUUGGGAGUGCGUUGUUUGGGGUUGGAGAGGGAGAGGAUGUGUUGCAGUAUAUUGAUCCGUUGAUUGGGACGGGGCCGGGUGGGCAUGUCUUUGCAGGGGCGACUUUGCCGUUCGGUAUGGCUAAGCCGGUAGCUGAUGUCAGGAGCGAUGAAAAGAUGGCCGGCUUUGCGAGCGAUGAUAGCGCAGUCUGGGGUUUCUCAGCGCUGCACGACUCUGGAACUGGAGGAUCGGCAUCCAUGGGCAACUUCCCGAUCUUCGUAUAUCCGUCAUGCCCCAAUCUCUCAGAGUGUCGUCUGCAGAAGACCUUCCGUGGCUCUCAUUACAAGAAGGAAAGCGUCCAAGCAACUCCCGGAUACUUCUCCAUCGAGCUGGAGAAUGGUGUGAAAUCGGAAAUGGCAGCAUCCAUGAAAGUGGCCAUUUUCAAGUUCUCCUUCGCCAACGGCACGGAUACAACCGACAUGACCAUUCUGCAGGAGGGUUCUGAUCUGCCAGGCUCGCAAGGAACGAGAGCGCUUUACAUCGACCCCGUGAAGCAGAGAUUCACAGCUGAAGGUCGUUUCAACCCCAGCUUCGGCCAGGGGCAUUACCGAGCAUAUACAUGCGUGGACGUCAAAGGAGCAAAAGUCCAAGAUGUUGGUGGUUUCAACUCAUCAGCGGUCUUGCCUGAUCAGAGCUACAUGAACGACACGAGCCUCUACUUUGGACCCAAGCAGGGAGUAUACGCCCGCUUUGAGAACGUCAAGGCGACAGACACGAUUUGGGUGCGAUACGGACUCUCCUGGCUGAGUAUCGAACGUGCCUGCGAGAACGCCGAGAACGAGGUCGGAGACUGGAACUUCGAGCGACUACGGAGGGAGUCGGAGAAAGCUUGGAGGAAGAAGCUGGCACCCAUCAAGAUCGACUCGAAGGGCGUUGACAAGAAGCAUCUGAGGAACUAUUGGAGCGGCGUCUAUCGAGCAUUUCUCAGCCCGCAGGACUAUACGGGAGAGAAUCAGCUUUGGAACUCGACCGAACCGUACUAUGACAGCUGGUACUGUAUCUGGGACACGUUCCGAGGAGUGCAUCCGUUCUAUAUGCUGGUUGAUACGAUUUCACAAUCCAGGAUGGUGCGGUCUUUGAUCGAUACGCAGAAGCAUCUUGGUUGGCUUCCUGAUUGCCGGAUGAGCUUUUGUAAGGGCUUGACCCAGGGCGGUUCAAAUGCCGAUGUGGUUAUCGUUGACAGCUUUGUGAAGAAACUCGAAGGUGUCAACUGGGACGAUGCAUAUGCAGCCAUUGUCAAAGAUGCGGAAGAGGAGCCUGCCAACUGGGAUGUCGAAGGACGAGGAAGUCUCGAUAGCUGGAAGACCAUCGGCUACGUCCCGUUUAAAGAAAAAUAUGACCCCCUACAUGAGGGAUUGCGGACCCGAUCGAUUUCUCGAACAGUAGAAUAUGCAUACGACGACUUUUGCAUCGCCUCGAUGGCCAACGCCACUGGUCGACACGAAGACUACGAAAAGUACACCCUCCGAGCCGGGAACUGGAAGAACGUCUACAACCCCGACAUCGAAUCCAUGGGCUUCAAAGGCUUCCCUCAACCACGCUGGAAGAACGGCACUUUCGGUUUCCAAAAUGCCACUCUCUGCUCCGACCUGAAUAACUUCCACGGCUGUUAUCUCAACCCAUCAGGCCACGAGACCUACGAAGGGAGUCCAUGGACUUACCUCUUCUUCGUACCCGGGGACAUGCAAGGCCUCAUAACCCUCCUCGGCGGACGAGAAGCCUUCCUAGCACGUCUCGAAAAGCUCCACGACAGUGGCGUGCUGUACAUGGGCGAUGAGCAAGCCUUCCUGACCGCUUUCCUCUACCACUACGCCGGCCGUCCGGGCCUCUCAGCCAAGCGCACGCACAUGUACAUCCCCGACAUGUUCAACGAUACCAUAACCGGCAUUCCAGGCAACGACGACAGCGGAGCCAUGGGCACGUUCGUCUUCUUCAGCAUGCUCGGCGUCUUUCCUUCUGCAGGGCAGAAUGUAUACUUCAUCAUUCCGCCCUACUUCCCCAGCGUCAGUAUUAAGAACCCGCAGACGGGCAAGACGGCGACGAUUCGCAAUGUCAAUUUCGAUCCGACAUAUGAGAAGAUGUAUGUGCAGUCGGCGAAGUUGAACGGGAGGACGUAUACAAAGAAUUGGAUUGAUCAUGAGUUUUUCUUGAACGGUGGGACAUUGGAUCUUGUGUUGGGGGAUGUCGAAAGUGAAUGGGGGACGAGGGAGGAAGAUUGUCCGCCGAGUUUGUCGACGGGGUUGCAUUUACCUUAG